UUUGACUGCCAACCCCCCAGAGCAAGGACUGGUCCAAGGGGUGGCGGAGGGAGGGAGGGAGCGGGCCAUCCUCCCCCUCUCCGCCCCCUUUUCCCCUCCUUUCCCCAGAAACAUUGCCCCACCAGCUCUCUUUCUUCCCGAGAGAACUGCAGCGAAACUUUGCUGGAAAGCGGAGGAGGAGGAGGAGGAGGAGAGCAGCCAAAGCAGGGAGGAGGAGGCCUCCUUCGCCUCGCCCUCCAGCUUCUGCUUUCACUCACUCGCCUUCAUGUCGCCUUUACGCUCCUUUCCGGGUGUCUAGCAGAUUUCUUUUUAUUGCGGGACGAACGAGACCGAGCGGCUGGUGGAGACGGAGGUGGGUGACCCUUUUCUCGCCCCACAUUGGCCUCAAACCUGACCAGUAAUCAUGGAAAGCACAGAAACGUGGGAUGCAGAACCCAAUGGGAGCAUGAUUGUCCCAGAGGCAGUAAAAGAAGAGGAGGAAGAAGACGAUGAAAAACUACAGGACAGAGGCCAAUGGGCCAAUAAAGUAGAGUUUGUAUUAUCUGUUGCUGGGGAGAUCAUUGGUCUGGGAAAUGUUUGGAGGUUCCCUUAUCUUUGCUACAAGAAUGGAGGUGGUGCUUUUUUCAUCCCUUACCUCAUCUUCCUCUUCGCCUGUGGGAUUCCCGUCUUCCUCUUAGAGACAGCCCUUGGGCAAUACACAAGUCAGGGUGGGAUCACUGCCUGGAGAAAAAUCUGUCCUAUCUUUGAAGGAAUUGGAUAUGCCUCUCAAGUCAUUGAAUCCUACCUGAAUAUCUACUAUAUUGUCAUUUUGGCUUGGGCCCUGUUUUACCUGUUUAACUCCUUCGCUGCUGUUCUCCCUUGGGCCAGCUGCAAUAAUCCCUGGAAUACAGAGUACUGUGUGGACGUACCAAACAACUCCAGUUUGAUAAAUGGGACUGCGGCAACUGGCUCCACUUCCCCAGUCAUCGAGUUCUGGGAGAAUCGAGCCUUGAAAAUCACAGAAGGCAUACAUAAUUUGGGCACCGUGCGGUGGGAGUUGGCACUCUGCCUCUUACUUGCCUGGAUCAUCUGUUACUUCUGCAUCUGGAAAGGAGUCAAGUCCACUGGCAAAGUAGUCUACUUUACUGCCACCUUCCCCUAUGUGAUGCUAAUUAUCCUGUUGAUUCGAGGUGUCACUCUACCUGGUGCCAAGGAAGGGAUCAUUUUCUACUUGAAUCCAGACUUCUCUAGACUGAAAGAUCCCCAGGUGUGGAUGGAUGCAGGAACUCAGAUUUUCUUUUCUUACGCUAUUUGCCAAGGAUGCCUGACAGCCUUGGGCAGCUACAAUAAGUACAACAACAAUUGCUAUCGGGAUUGCUUUAUGCUGUGCUUCCUGAAUAGUGCCACAAGCUUUGUGGCUGGCUUUGCUAUUUUCUCUGUAUUGGGCUUCAUGGCAAAAGAACAGGGUGUCCACAUCUCUGCAGUGACAGAAUCAGGUCCUGGCCUAGCAUUCAUCGCCUACCCGAAGGCUGUAACCUUGAUGCCUGUGUCUCAGCUGUGGUCCUGCUUAUUCUUCAUUAUGCUGAUCUUCUUGGGGCUGGAUAGUCAAUUUGUCUGUGUUGAGAGCUUGGUCACAGCCAUCGUGGAUCUGUUCCCAGAAGUAUUCCGUAAGAAAGGGCGCCGGGAGCUGCUCAUCUUGGCCAUUGCAGUGAUCUGCUACCUGCUUGGCUUGUUUCUGGUCACUGAGGGUGGAAUGUAUAUCUUUCAGCUGUUUGAUUAUUAUGCAGCCAGUGGAACAUGCCUACUCUUUCUUGCUGUCUUUGAAGUCAUCUGUGUUGGAUGGGUUUAUGGAGCAGAUCGUUUUUAUGACAACAUUGAGGAUAUGAUUGGCUAUCGGCCAUGGCCCUUGGUUAAAUUCUGCUGGCUUUUCUUGACACCUGCAGUUUGUCUGGCCACUUUCCUGUUUUCACUGAUUAGAUACACACCACUCAAAUACAACAAUGUAUAUGAGUAUCCACCAUGGGGAAUCGCUGUGGGCUGGUUGAUGGCACUUUCCUCGAUGAUCUGCAUCCCGUCCUACGUCAUCUUCAUCCUCCUGAAAACAAAAGGCACAUUCAAACAGCGUUUGCGUCAACUCACAACCCCAGCAGAAGACUUGCCCCAACCAAAGAAGCACCAGAUUGCCUUCUCUGCAUUGCACCCACAUUCAGCCAAAGAAGUGCUUGUCACAACAGAGAAAGAAACCAACUUCUAGAAAUCAAUGAGAAUUACAGUUUUGCACCCAGAAAGGUGCUUCUUAGCAGCUCCUGUUUACAUCUAGGAUCAGAUUUACUCAGGUCUUCUCUGCCUACCUGAAGCUGGAUCACUUAAGAUUGGUAACAUCUUCUCUUCAUACUCAACAUAGCACCUGAUGAGAUCAGCUGGAGCAAGUUCUAUACUCGGUUUUCAGAGCUGAAUAUUGCCAGUAGACAGUUUUUGGAGAGAAUUUCUCAGAUUUUCUGAAAAAUUCCUUUCUCAAUCCCUGGCCCAUCCCAGGAAAAAAUUGUCACUUUUUAGAAUUUUAUUCAAAUAGUCUCCAUAAUUUUGCUACUUUUUAUUAUGGGCUGCCAUUAGUUUUCAGCCCACUCCUACACAUAAUUUAUCUAAAAUUGUGGAGGAUGCAAAAUAAAAGCUGGGUUUACAACACAAUUCCUGAGAUAUUUAUCAUUUGCAGCAGGUAUGAAAAAAUAUAAGUUGUGCUACUGACUGCCAUUAAUCUAUUGGAUCCAGAGCUCACAGAACAAAACCAUGGGACAUUUUGUUCAGAAGUGACUCUAGUAUCAUGAGCUAACCUCCUUGGACAGUGAUGCUGCCCCAUGAUUUCCUCCGUGUCCCCUGGCUUUGUAAGGACCAUCUGAUGACCUUUCUAAAAGAUCAGGUGAGAUGUACAUUACUAGAAAUUGUAUUGAUGAGUAGGUAAAUCAAUGUACCUGCCUCCAUCUCCCCAAAACAAUUCCUCUGACAACAAGUAAGGGGAAACAUUUUAAGAGGAUAUUUUCACUCGGCUCUAAUUAUUUUGGCAGCAGUAGAACAGCCAUUAUGGGAUUGUAAUAAUAUCAGAGAAAGUCACAGCUCAGAGGCUACCAGGAAUCAAACCUGUGACCUUUUGCAUGUUAUACAAGUGCUGUGUCUGAGCUAUAUACUUACCAUUAUAUGCUAGAGCCAUUUUAAUAGUAUAAUUUGCUAGUAAAAGGCCAUGUUAAAGGGGCCAUCCCAAGACCCCUUUUGCAUCUUUAAAUCUUCAUCCAUUUACCCCCUCCUGCUUUUGGCAACACAUUAUACAUUCUUUGAAAGCCUGAAUCUCUCGGUUUAUAGGUUUCAAAUGAACAAAUGGUGCUGAAUUAGCCAAUUUGGCCAAACUUGCAUAAUCUAACCAAAGGAUGAAUACUCCCUUGGCAAUUGGGAUCCUUUUUUUAACUUGCAGAAAGUUUGCGUAGAUCUGCUACAGGUGAAGUCUUUUGUUUUCUUUUUAAAGUUUUACAGUUUCCUGUUUGGACUUCAAAAUCAGUGCUGAUCACUCAGCCUCUCCCAUUACACAAUAGCCUGGAGGAGGAGGAGGUGAUAAAUUGGAAGCAAGAUGAGUUUGUCAGAAAAAGAACAUGUCAAAACCACUUUAAAUCUUUUUUUCCUUUGAAACGAGACUAGUCUAGAAAGGCUGACAGGGUUUCAGCUUGAAUAUACCUGAUUUGAUACCAUUCCAUGUGACAUCCUUGAAUUGUUGGGAAACUAAAGAAAUGCGAAGUGAACAGGACCUCCAUAAAAUGAAAUGCCAAGACUUCAUUAGGGUAUGUCAGGACCAUGGACGAAAGAGCACAGCUGAAGCCUCACCAGAUGUUAACUUAGCAUUUGUAAUAAAAACCUUGGGAUAUCGUGUGUGACACCAAAGUAAGAAAUGGAAACAAAAUACAUGUCUGGGUGCGGAUAAUGAA